AUGGAGGCCUGGUGGUACAAACUUGGUGAUCCCUGGGAGAAGGUGUACACCGUCUCCGAGUCUACACUGGUGCAGCUUGAACAGCUGCAUGUUCGCGUCGCGAACCUCACUAGUUGGUUGCACGAGAGGACAGAUCAGAACCUGGAUGUGGUGCUGGAAGAGCUGCAGGAGGCAACGCGGCAGCUGCAUCAGCGCACUCACUUUGCUGGUGUGGUGGAUGACCCUAUCAAAAUGUGGGAACAGCUUGCAGCUGUUCAUCUGCAGAAGAAACCUGGAGCGCGUUUUAAUGCUUAUGAUGAUGUCUUCUUCAUCAGAAAGCAACCAGAGGAAUCACUUCAAGGGCUUGUCAACAAGGUCAAUGCUGCCAUGCAGCGUGUUAAAGACCUUCGCCCUAAUGACUUUGAUCUGACAAAGCUGGAUGAAGAGUUAACCUCCAUGGCUAUGAUUCAUGCUCUUCCUGUGGAGGAAUAUGGCGCUUUUACCUCUGCGCUGCUUCAGUGUGAUAUCCUGAGCAAAGAUGUUGUCAUCCAGGCUUUUGUCACAGAGGAAAUCAAUCAUCAUCAUCGCACCACUUCCUCUCCCAAAGCAGAUCAAGCACUCACCACUGCUUCCUCCUCACAGCUCACCUGCGAGUUUUGUGAAGGCAAAGGACACACACAGUCCAAUUGCUAUGCUUUCCAGAAUGCUUCAAAGAAAGCCAAGGAAAAUCGCAAAGAGCGCCACUCUAAGUGUGGAAACAAGGCAAAUGCUACUGCUGCUGCUGCUGCCACCCAGAAUACCACUCAGGUUGACCCUACCACUGUCACAGAACACAGGCACCACUUCUCAUAUGACACCUCAUCACCACUGGCUUAG